UACCUAUGCCUUCUGUUUGGUUGUCGAGAAACUGGAGAAAACGUGCAUGAAGUGGAAGAGAAGAAGUGAAGUAAAAAAGGGGAAAGAAAAAAAUUGUUGGUUUAUAGAUUUUGGUCGUCUUGGGUUCCAAAAAAUGAAUGAUUCGUCUUAACUGGGCCUAGUAGUUACAUUAGACUCAAUUGGGUUUUACCUAGCUGUUUUCUCUUCAUUAAACCAAGAGUCUGACUGUGGAUUUGAGGUAUUGCUCAUCAUAAAGCCGUAGUGAUGACUUGCUGCUCUUUCUUUUUCAAAAAAAAAUCCAAUCGUAAAACAAAAGGACACGUAGACAUUGAUGACGAGAUUUCAGGUUUCCACAAUGUUAUCCGGUACACUUACAAAGAAUUACAAAAUGCCACAGAAAAUUUUAGUCGAGAUAAUAAAAUUGGGGAAGGAGGCUUUGGUUCUGUCUACAAGGGAAGGCUAAAAAAUGGCACUGUUGCUGCAAUAAAGGUGCUUUCAGCUGAGUCAAGUCAGGGGCUACGGGAAUUCUUGACAGAGCUAAAUGUGAUCUCUGCAAUUGAGCAUGAAAACCUUGUCCAGUUAUAUGGCUGCUGUGUGGAUGGAGACAGUAGAAUCUUGGUUUAUCAGUAUCAUGAGAAAAAUAGUCUUGCACAAACUCUUUUAGGUAGAGGCCAAAGCACCAUUCAAUUUAAUUGGAAAACAAGGUCAAAUAUUUGCAUUGGUAUUGCUCGGGGACUCGCAUUCAUUCAUGAGGAAGUCCGGCCACAUAUUAUUCAUAGAGACAUCAAAGCAAGCAAUAUCCUUCUUGGUGACGACCUCACAGCCAAAAUUUCGGAUUUUGGCCUCGCAAGACUUAUCCCAGCCAAUAUGACUCAUGUUAGUACACGAGUUGCGGGAACAGCAGGUUAUUUGGCACCUGAGUAUGCACUUCGAGGUCAGUUGACAAGGAAAGCAGAUAUUUAUAGUUUCGGUGUUCUCCUUCUGGAAAUUGUUAGUGGGAGAUGCAACAGGGAUUCACGAUUACCCGCCAACGAACAAUAUCUGCUUGAAAGGGCAUGGGAAUUGUAUGAGACUGGGAAGCUGGUGACAUUAGUGGACACAUCAUUGAAUAGGGAUUUUGAUGUUGAGGAGGCUUGCAGAUAUUUAAAAAUCGGUCUUCUCUGCACCCAAAUGAUGCCAAAACUCCGUCCAUGGAUGUCUACUGUGGUCCAGAUGCUAACUGCAGAGAUUGAUCUGGAUGACAAGCAGAUAACAGAACCUGGCCUACUUACAGAGUUAAUGACUUAUAGAGGAGAGAAACAAAAGCUUGAUGAAUUCUCCAGCAAGCUUGAAAAUUCAUCCUUGUCGUCAGAUAACAUGCCCACCUCAUGUGCUACCAUGACCUUUAAUUCCAUAUAUGAUCGAAGUAACUGACUCGGGUUUUUCAUAUAUAUAUUUUUUAAUUUCCCCAUUUGUAAAAUUCCUCCUAUAAAUUUUAUGUGGUGCGUUAGAGAUUUAGAUUUUCUUUCUGUUCUAUUUCUUUUGAUUCAUCCUUACCGCCUUUGCUGUCCUGCUCAUCCUGUAUGCAUUGGUUAUUCAGGCAGAGGAGUUUUCCAAUUUUAAUAAGGAACUGCUUCCAUUUUCUUGUAAUUUUGUACCGAGUUCUCCUCAAGUAAAUGAGAAAUUUCUUGCUUUCACUGGAAUAAAA